UAUCACUCAAGGCGUUUGCCACAUGUGAAAUUACAUCAGCCCGUGGAAUUCUAGUUUUCACAGCGAAAAAAUCGUGACCCCCGAACGAGAAACGGAGCGCCAAGAUGACGUUAUCGUGCCGAUUUUACAAACAAAAGUACCCGGAGGUGGAGGACGUGGUGAUGGUGAACGUGCGGUCAAUCGCCGAAAUGGGUGCGUACGUUUACCUGCUGGAGUACAACAACAUUGAGGGCAUGAUCCUGCUGUCCGAACUGUCCCGCCGCCGUAUCCGGUCGAUCAACAAACUGAUUCGCGUGGGCAAAACGGAACCGGUGGUCGUGAUUCGGGUGGACAAAAACAAAGGAUACAUCGAUCUGUCGAAGCGGCGCGUCUCGCCGGAAGAUGUGGAAAAGUGUACGGAGCGGUUUGCGAAAGCGAAAGCGGUCAACUCGAUGCUUCGCCACGUCGCCGACAUCAUGGAGUUCGAUAACCAGCAGCUGGAGGAUCUUUACGAAAAGACGGCCUGGCAUUUUGAGGGAAAACACAACUACAAAGUGUCCGCCUACGACGUAUUUAAGCAAUGUGCCGUCGAUCCGUCUCUGCUCGACGAGUGCAAUCUACAGCCGGAACUGAAGGAACUGUUGCUGAGCAACAUUCAGCGUAAGCUCGUGUCGCAGGCCGUCAAAAUUCGAGCCGAUAUCGAGUGCGCCUGUUACGGGUACGAGGGUAUCGAUGCAGUGAAAACGGCCCUCCGUUCCGGUCUCGAUCUGUCGACCGAGGAACUGCCGAUCAAAAUUAACCUCAUUGCACCGCCACUUUAUGUAAUGACCACAUCGACCCCGGAGAAGGCAGAUGGACUAAAGGCGCUCGAGGGGGCCAUUGAGAAGAUCAAAGAAACGAUCGAAGGCCUGGGUGGUGUGUUCAAGGUGCAAAUGGCCCCGAAGGUCGUAACGGCAACGGACGAAGCGGAUCUGGCACGGAAGAUGGAGCGCGCCGAGGCCGAGAACGCCGAGGUGUCCGGGGAUGACGAGGAAAAUGACAAUGAAGUUGGCAUUAAGUAUAAGCUCGAAGAGGACGGCGCUGACGACAAGGAAGGUGACCGGGACGUGGAGUUUGAAGCCAGUGGCGACGAGGACGAUAACAAGAAGGAGGAAUAAACGGUCGGUGGCGAGAGCGGAGGUUGGCGUUCGCCCCAGCCAGGUGGUCAAGGUUCCGCGCAGCUGUGGAAGAGAGAGAGAGAGCACCAGAAGACACGUGUACUUGGUGCACCGUUGCUACAGUUAUGCUUUUCAAUUCCUUCUUUCCUCUUAAACACACCAUAAUUCGUAUUAAAAGGCCGGAAAAC